AUGAAUGUCCUCCAAUUGCGAAAAAAAUUCCCCCAGUUAGCAGAUGAAAUUACCUCGCUCUCUGGCAACUUCCAGCGUCUCGAUAUCGACGACAAGGGCUACUUGGACGAAGCUACCGCCAUCAAGGCCACUCAACAGAGCGAGAAUCAGCCAUAUGAUGUGGUGCGACAGGCUCUCAGGGAAGUUGAGCUGGACUCUUCGCGGCGUGUAGAGCUUGAAGAUUACCUCGGGCUCAUUACCAAACUUCGCGACUCCUCGCCGGCUCAGAAGCGACUAUCCACUGGCCCGCAGCCAGCUAGCCCCAGUGGCGUUGUAGCUCAACGCACUGGCGGGCGCGGACAAGGUCAUGUAUCCAAGAGCAGCGUCGGCGGCAAGAUUCAGGUUCAAGGGUCCAGUGCAAACGUCACCCACACUAUCGACGAGGAUGAAAGAACCGAAUUCACGCGCCACAUCAACGCCGUGCUGGAUGGUGACGCUGAUAUUGGCAGCCGGCUUCCCUUCCCCACCGAUACCUUCCAAAUGUUCGACGAGUGCAAGGAUGGCUUGGUCCUGGCCAAGCUGAUCAACGAUAGUGUGCCUGACACCAUCGACGAACGAAUCCUCAACAUAGCUGGCCGCAAGACCAAGACUCUCAAUGCGUUUCAAAUGACCGAGAACAACAACCUUGUCAUUGAAUCAGCCAAGGGUAUUGGCUGUUCCGUCGUCAAUAUUGGUGCUGGAGACAUCAUUGAGGUCCGUGAGCAUCUCAUCCUCGGUCUCAUCUGGCAGAUUAUUCGACGCGGUCUUCUGAGUAAAAUUGACAUCAAACUCCACCCUGAACUGUACCGCCUCCUGAGAAAAGGUGAGGAGCUUGAGAAGUUCCUCCGUCUGCCCCCGGAGCAGAUCCUCUUGCGAUGGUUUAAUUACCACCUCAAGGCCGCUAACUGGCCCAGAAGUGUGAACAACUUCUCAGAUGACAUAAAAGAUGGCGAAAAUUAUACCGUCCUCCUCAGCCAAAUCGGCCGCGAGUACGGCUGUACGCGCGCGCCCCUCGACACAAGAGACAAGCUCCAACGCGCUGAACAAGUCCUUCAGGAGGCUGACAAACUCGGCUGCCGCAAAUUCUUGACACCAAAAUCUCUUGUUGGCGGUAACUCCAAGCUCAACCUCGCCUUCGUCGCUAACCUCUUCAACAACCACCCUGCUCUCGAACCCAUCACAGACGAAGAGAAGGUAAAGGUCAAAGUGGAAGAUUUCGACGCUGAGGGCGACCGCGAAGCCCGCGUCUUCACUCUCUGGCUCAACAGUCUUGAUGUGCGGCCGCCUGUGGUCUCCUUCUUUAAUGAUAUUGGCAACGGGUAUGUCCUGCUCCAAGCCUUCGACAAGAUUAUCAAAGGCAGCGUGUUUUGGCGUGGCGUGCGCAAACCCAGAUCCCUCGACAACGACCCCACCAAAAACAACAGUCCACAGAUUGUCAACCCCGACGAUGAGGAGUCCGAAAGCGAACAUCUGGAGAGAAUUCUUGACAUGGAGCUUUUCCAGGCUCUCCAGAAUACAAAUCAAGUGAUUGAUAUUGGUAAAAAGCAUGGCAUGAUCCUCCGAAACACCGAAGGCUCCAAUAUUACAAGAGGCGAUAGAACCCUUACCUUGGGAUUCGUAUGGCAGCUUAUGCGCAAGGACAUCAACGUAACUCUAGCCUCGCUCGCUCAGAAGCUUGGGAAAAAGGAAAUGACGGACGAGAUCAUGGUCGACUGGGCCAACAAGAUGGCUCACAAGGGCGGCCACGCAUCUUCCAUACGCAGCUUCAAGGACCGGUCCAUCUCAUCCGGUGUAUUCCUUUUGAAUGUGCUGAAGGGCAUGGAGAGCAGCUACGUCGAUGAUGAACUUGUUACAGCCGGCGACAAUGAUGAGAGGGCCUACAUGAAUGCCAAGUUGAGCAUCAGCAUUGCCAGAAAGAUGGGAGCGACUAUUUGGUUGGUUCCGGAGGAUAUUUGCCAAGUUCGCUAUAAAUUGGUGACUUCUUUUGUUGCAUCUAGCUUCUUUGAUGGCGACACAUGA